ACGCACACACACAGACACACACACGCGCGCAUGCACACGCACACACACUCUGCUCUUGUUUUCUAAAAUGUUCUCUUCCUUCCUGUUGCGUUCAUGUUGUGCGGUGAUGAAGCGCCGGGCGUUGUAGCCGUCGUCCGGUUCUGCUGGGAGUUACGUCCGGUAGCAUCACCUGGGAUGAGCCCCAGGAGAGGUGUGUUCAGCAAACAGAGCUCGGAGGGACGCUCUGCGUGUGAGGCAGCUGCAGUGAACACCAGCUCAUCAUGAUUCCAGCGCGUGACGACGCUAGCGAGGAGCUGAGACUCACGAUGACCUCUGACCCGAGGAACGUUCUCCUCUCUGCUGACUCCAGCUCGUGUCAUGUGAGGUCUGUAAAACGUUUCCCGUUUACAGCACACGAGAUGAAAACCAAAGACAUUCAAAUCGGUUCCAUUCACUUCAGGCCACUGCAGCAGGACACGGACUCAGUGUCUUUAAAGAACAUGCACAGACUCUGUGUUUAUUCCCUUGAACUGAGGGAAGAACAUAAAUUAGCGGGUUUGGGCCAGAUGGUGCUGCUGGUUGCCGGACACGUUUCACGUUCUCUGUGUUUGUGAGAAGAGAAGCUUCACAUCGUCGUGUUUCUGUGGCAGCAGACUGCAAAGCGCAGUAACAUCAGGGAUUCUGUUCCUCUCACAUUUCUUCAUCAGUGGGUUUCUGGUAAUUGUUCCCAGACACUUACAAAAACGUUGACUACUGAACAACAGUUCUGCUGAUCAGGUUUUGUUGCUUGAAGGUCACGGUGCCUGUGACCUUGUAAAUGUCUUACUGUUGUCAAAGCUGCACCUCUUUGAAGGAAUGUUAUUACAUCUGACACCUACUACAGAGACGAGGCGUUCUGCUGCCAUCUGAUGGUGAAGCGUAGAGCUGCAGCUGAACUACAGGCUGCUCAGGCUCCACAGGAUCAGACGUGGGAAUACAAGCAUCACACACUAAACUAUACAGUCAGGUAAAAUUAGUUUUCAAUCUUCAAAUAAGUAAGAAAUGCAAAUUCCUAAAGCUGCUGUGGUUUGAUUUGGAUGGAUGACUCCGAGCAGGAGGCCAAACUGUUUUAGUUUCAAACUGAGUGGAUGUGUUUGCUGGUGCAAAGCUGCUGUGGUGGAGCUCGUUUCUGUUUCCACGUAUCAGAUGAGAACGUGCUGCAGACGUUUUCUGUGAGCUGUGACGUUCUCUGUGAUGCAGACGUCUCCUUCCAGACAACAUAACAACUCUUUUCUGUCAGCUUCAGACAGAAGGUCAGUCACAACAAGCAGCUGCGCCUCAACAAUGGAGCAGCAGAGACAGAGCAGCCAGUGUCAAUGUGGGAAUGAUGCCAGUAUCUGUGUAUUUAUGCUGCGUUCAGGGCCACGUCGGAGGUCGGACUCAGAUGACUUAAAGGAAGCAAAGUCUAAAUUAAAACAAAUCAUCAUGUGCAACCUGCUUCGUGUGGCUGUGUUUUAUAGGAGGAACAUCUGGGUCAGGAGAGCCAGAUGUGGAGCCCAGAGGAAAAGCAGGAAGCGUUAAGUAUGUGUGCAGUAAUUCCUACAAGGUCCCUGAAGGUUUCAGUUUGGAGCUUCCCCUGUUCUCACAUGAGUUACAGCUGUGCUCCUCAGAUUACAGAUGUUUUAUGGUGAUAACAGAAGAGUUUACCUCAUCUACUGCUGCUGAAUUUAAUGUACCUGCAUCUGUGGAUUCUGGGAUAUUUCGUUGUGCAUUUCCUGGAUACACCUACAUGGACCUACAGUCACCCAGUGACUGGCUCUCCUUAGGCUUUCAGGCUGUGGCUGUGGUGCCUUCAGUGGGAGACUCAGUCUCCCUUGUCAUCUGAUUGCAUCUACUGAACAUGACGCCAGCGCUCAGACCACUUCCUCCGCGCUGAAAAGACAGGAAGCAGAGUCGGAGCAUGCGGCUCAGCGUCUCACUGCAGGAGCCGGCGGAAGGUGAAGCUCAGGAAACCUGUGGAUCAUGAACAAACGCAAGCUGAGUCUUAAGUGGUUUGGGAGCCUCACAAAUCUCUCUACCCGCCGCCAAAAGGCCAUCGUCAAGGCAGCCCCAGAGCAUGAUGGGAAGCUGAGCGGCGCGGCGGCCGAGGCCCAGUCAGUGGAUGACAUGGAGUCCUACUCCCACAGCUCCAGCUACGCCUGCUCCAGACACAUGUACACACAUGUGGGCACUGUGCCUCGCAGUGAGAAGCUGAAGAAGAGCUUCAAGGAGAAGAAGAAGAAGGAGGAGGAGGGGGAGAGUGGCGGGCAGAGCCAGUGGGAGGCGGGGGAUCAUGUCCGAGAGUCCCCCCUGCUCGCGGCUCUGUCCGGCCUCAGUCUGAGCAGCCUGGAUCGGCCUGCGAAUGCAGCCACGCCAGCCGGGGCUUCACCUUUGACCCCGGCAUCCAAAGGCCACAGGCACGCGGACGCGUCAGCAGCCCAGGGCUCCGGGAAGCCUCCACACAUGGCCACCAACGGCCCCACGGGGGGUUCUGCUCAGGAUGUGUACGUUCCCAUGGACCGGGGGCUUCAAGCGGCUCGCGGCCACGUGGAGGAGCGGCGAGGAGGCCCCGACACGCAGGAGAGCAGCGGGACAGCGGUGGCUGCGCAGGAAGUGACCACUGGAGACGGGCGACAGAGCGUGACUGACAGCACUGGAGAAUAUGUGAAGUUCUCCAGAGAGAAGUUCCGGUUGGAGCCGCCAUCUGAGAAGCUGAGGAAGCAGCUGGAAGAAGAGCUGGAGCUAAGUGGGACAAACUUGAAGAGCCACGCCUGGUACCAUGGAUGCAUUCCCUGGGAGGUGUCAGAGAGUCUGGUGCUGAACCACGGCGAGUUUCUCAUCAGAGACUCUCAGUCCAGUCAGGGCGAUUUUGUCCUCACAAGCCGCUGGGAGCACAAAACACGUCACUUCCUCAUCAAGAAGACGGCGAUUCACAAUCGGCUCCAGUACAGCCUAGAAGGAGAGACCUUUGAGUCCUUACCUGCCUUGGUCCACUUCUAUGUGGGCAGUCAGGCGGUUCUGACCUGGUGGAGUGGAGCCCAGAUUCACCGGCCUGUAAACAGGACGCUACCGCUCAGCUACCUGGAGACGGCUUUCCAUUCCGCUGUCAGCUCAAAGGCGAGCCUGCAGAACGUGGAAGGUGGCAGCAUGAGCGGAGAGCAGUGGGUUUGUCCCGGAAGCCCUUCCUCUCUCCAACACCAGGAGGCAGAUGGUGACCGGACUCCGGUGACAGGGACUCUACACAGCAACGCCCCUCAGUCGACCAGCGCGACUCCAUCCCCGUCUCGGGCCCAGAACUCAGGCCUCCAGACCCCCUGCUGCUCUGAUGCAGAGGGAAGCUGCUACACAGAGCUGUUCCCCAGCCCUCAGAGCUACGUGGACAGGCUGCAGGGCUUCAGUCCACUGAGGGUGGAGGACGGGAACAUGUUCUUCUCACCGGUGGUGGAGACGGCGUCGUCUUUCACACCGAGCAGGUACCGGUCGCCCCUGAUGCCCAAGGAGAACAAGCCCCUGGAGGUGGGCGUCCUGCGCAGGGUGAAAGAACUUCUGGCCGAGAUCGACCCCAGGACGGCAGCAAAGCACAUGACCAAGGCCGACUGCACGGUGGCCAGGAUUCUGGAGGUGACUGCAGAGACACAGAGGAGGAUGGGUGUUAGUUCUGGGAUGGAGCUGCUCACGUUGCCGCAUGGUCAACAGCUGAGACUGGACCUGCUGGAGAGGUUUCACACUAUGGCGACCACGUUGGCCGUGCACGUGCUGGGCUGCACGGGGACGAGCGAGGAGCGCGCCGGGCUGCUUCACAAGCUCAUCCAAACGGCUGCGGAGCUCAAAAGCACCAUGGGCAACAUGUAUGGCUUCACCGCAGUCAUGAGAGCCCUGGAGCUGCCGCAGGUGGCUCGUCUGGAGCAGACUUGGAUGGCGUUGCGGCAGCGACACACAGAGGGCGCUAUCCUCUACGAGAAAACGCUGAGGCCGUUCAUGAAGAGCCUGAACGAAGGACGAGAAAGCUGUCCGCUCUCCAACACCAGCUUCCCCCACGUCCUCCCCCUGCUCUCCCUCUUAGAGAGGAGCCCGGCAGGCGAGGGGACAGAGCCAUGGGAGACGCUGGACGUUGGGGUGGACGUGGUCCUGUUCCACCUGGGGGCAGCAAGGACCAUCGCACAGCUGGGGGGCAUCUACCGCUCCAACACUGAGCACAAACUGCAAGAUUUCCAGGACCAAGCUGAAGUCCUGGACAUUUUUUCGACCGACUUCCAGAUGAGGCUGCUGUGGGGGAGCAGGGGAGCUGAGGAGAAGCAGGCGCUGCGAUACGCCAAGUUUGACCAGGUGUUGACUGCCUUGUCCAACAAAUUGGAGCCGCCUGUCAGAAGGCGCUGACCCCAGGUCUGUUUGCCCUGGUCCACUCCCCAGUCAGUGAGCUCAUACUACUACUGGACACUGAGCAGCUCUGGUUCCCUGCAAGGACAGAGGAGGAUGAGCCUGAUGGGGUUUCACACAGAAACACACAUCUGGACUUACAGCUGAACCACAUUGAAACUGUGUUGUCAGGCGUAGCACAGUGUUUGAUUCCUACUCUACUCAGACAGGCUUCAUCUUGGUUUUAAUAUGGUUUCCUGAUGAAUAGUAAGUUCACAUAUCAACAUACUUUAUGUGUAAAUCUGAGAAUGAUCUGACUCUGAUCUGACUCUGUCAGAGGUUCAGGAAGAACUAAGAGGAACCAGGAGGCACCACUGACCAUGUGGGACAUGGAGUCUUUGUGACAAGAACUAAGACAGCGCCACUGAUGGGUGGUUCUGUGGUUCUCUACAAUGAGGCAGCGAGAGAGAUAAAAAGAAGUAGCUGGAGAAGCGAGGGCAUCGUCCCUCUCGGUUCAGGGUCCGUUUGAACCACUUUCAUGUGCUUUGUCACCACUAGUUACACAUGAUAACUGACUUGUCUUUGUUUUGCAAAACUAACACUGAACCACGUUGAACUGAGAUGUCAGUGUAAAGUUGUGUUAAUAAGUCCAGGAGAAAAACACCUGAACAAGCCUGAAAUGUGUCAAACAGCUGCACAGUUGAGGCUGUGCCUCGAUCUAUGAUGUAAUAAAUGCUCUUCAGCGUGUGAAGGCUGGACCUUCCCUAAAUGUACAAAUCUACUAAUGUUUCCACAGCCUUCACUGAUGAGAGUUAAUAGCGAGUGCUGUGAUGACAUAAUGAGGCCACUGAUGCUGUAGAGCUGGAACCAGUUCACAGCUUCAGCUUUCUUCUUGGCUCUUUUAAUAAAAAGGAAAAGUUUGGUUUUCACACAGUGAAUCUGUCAGUGUCACUGUGUGAUCACACGUAUCUGAAGUAGUACUGUAUCUGUGUCUAAUUCACUGUGACAUAAAACAUAUUCACCUGCCA